AUGACGAGCAGCACUGCGUUGAUUGUCGGCCUGUCGGUCGGCCUGGGCGUCGGCAUGCUGGUGGUUGUGUCGCUCGGUCUCUUGACCGGCGUCUUCAUCCGCCGGCACUGGCGCAUAAAGCGCCAGCAGUCAAUGGACCGUGCGAACACCAAGCUGUGGCAGGCAGACCCCAACGCGACUUACCUGGAGAAGACGUACGAGCACCCGGUCGACGACGAGGAGCGCAUGGCGCAUGUCCUGUACAAUGUCCCCGAGGCCUCGCACAGCACUGAAGAGGGCCAGACGCAGCCGCCGGCCGGCGACGUCUCGCCCCGCACGAUGCCCCGCCCUCUGCCGACGGAUGACGACGUGCGCUUCCCCAGCGCGCCGAUCGCCGAGCAGGCCCAGCAGCCGUCCGUGCAGUGGACGCGCAACUCGGUCCCGGCGGCGCUGCGCUCGGGCGCGCCGCCACCGCAGAGCCGCCAGGCCUCGUCCAAGUACAAACUCUCGCUGAACCGCUCGCGCUCGCGCAUGCUGUCGAUGCGCCUCGGCAGCCCGCGCAACUCGUGGGUCAGUCACCGCCGCUCUGUUCUCUCCCGCUUCCCCUCACAGUUCCGCUCGGCGCGCUCCUCGCGCCGCGUUUCGCCCGACUCGCAGUACGAAGGCUCGAUCGGCCACCCGGACGGCACGAUUCCGAUGGCACGCCGCAUCGGCCGCAACGAGACGCGCUUCCAGUACGACUCGAGCUCCUAUGCCUCUUCGCCCCGCGUGGACUGGGACGAGUACUACCCCGAGCCGGAGACGACGUACAUGGCCGAGCCCCAGACGGCCGAUGUCCCUGUGCCAGCGCCGGCGGUGCCAGCGCCGGCGGUCCUUGCGCCGCCCCGCGAGCCAGAGGACCGCGAGGCGUUCCUCCAGGCACGCAUCGCUGCGUGGCAAGAGACGAGUCUGAACGCGGGCUCGCCGAACGAGGUCGAGGACGAAGUGCCCGAGCUCCCGGCGCUCAAGACGGCGCCGCUCCAGCGCACCGCGACGCAGUCGACGGUCCAGUCGGCGUACUCGCACGCGUCCGGCGAGGACCUUGUGAACCCCUACAUGGAGCGCGAGAGCUCGCUCGUGCGCAUCCCUUCGAUCCGCCCCCAGUUUGCUGCGGAGACGACGCUCGAGAGCUGGCUCGGCCCCGACGACCCCCGCCACGUCCCUGCCUCCUCCGCGGGGCACGACAGCGGCCUGUUUGGCGAGGUCGAGUUCGCCACGGCGCACGGCUCCUCGAGCGAGGCGCACAGCGCUGCGCCGAGCACGGCUGCGCACGCGAUGCCCGGCAUGCUCUCCGUGCCCCCCGUGCCGGUGCAUGUGGCGCCGGCCGAGCAGCCGUACGCGCCGCGGACGCCGUCGCCGCUCGGCAUGCACCUUGUGCCUGCCGCGCCGCCGCACGGCACGUACGCCCCAUCGAGCUCGUCGCGCUCCUCGUUCCCCGCGUCGGCGCGCAUGUCGAACGACCUGCCGCGCAGCUGGAAGCACAACUCGAACGCUACCGCCUCGACCGAGAUUACCUGGGCCGAGGACGCGAGUCUCGUCAACGACGGCUCGCCCGGCGCGGCGCUCGUCAAGCUCGAGCGCGAGCGCAGUCUGCGGUCGGCUGCGGCCGACCGCGUGGCGCAGGCGAACAAGGCGUGGGGCGUCGAUGCGCCCGAGCCCGCGCGCCCCGAGCGUGUGCUGCUGCCUGUGCAAGGCCCGCGCACGAUGCCGAGCGGCCGUGCGUCGCCCGGGUCGUCGAGUGCCUCGUCCGAGUCGGUCGCGACUAACACUGCCGAGACGCAUGUGCACCUCUCGCCGAUCGAUGCCGGCUCGCCGCUGCUUGCGUCGCCGCUGCAGACGAUGCAGGCGUGGUUCAACAUUCCGUCGAGCGACAAAGCCGACGGCGUGCACCACGAGCCCCCCGCCGUACUUUCGUAG